AUGACCGUGUGGGAGGACCUGAUGAACUGCAUCUGCCAGAAUGCGCCGCAGCGGCCGGGCGUCACCGAGGUGCUCGACUCGCUGCAGCAGCACACGGUCUGCACCGACACAGCGUGCUACGAGGGAGAGGAGGCGGCGUUCGGCGUGACGGCCGGACAGAGCAAAGAGAAUUUCCAGUAA